GCAAUUACUGCAGGGAGAAUGGGGGCAGCAAGGAUAUUCAGAUGAAGACAAAAAUGAAGGAUGGAAAGAGCCAUACCAAACUUUUAACAACUAAUGAGCUCACUGAAUAUCUACACUUUACUAACAACAAAUCCUUUCCUCAGGCAUAUGCUGUGCUGUAUGUAUAGAAAUUAACAGAUACAUGUGCACCAACAGAUGCAUGCAUGAAUAAGCCAUAAUAAUUAAAACUUAAGCUUCAAUAUUAAACUCAGCAUCCCAAUUAGCUUAUGAACUUUCAUGAUAAAAAAAUUUAAUUUCAGUUUACCCCCCUAAAUUUUAGGUGCAAAAUCAGUUCACUCCUUAAACUUUGAAUAUAAUCAGUAUCCCCCUUAUACUUUGAAUGAUCAUCAACUUAGGACGAAAUUUUAGUUUUUCUCUCUAAUUUUGAUUAUGAUCGGUUACAUUUCGAUAAAAAAAACUAUGAAAACAAGGUUUUAAAUCAUAUAUGCAAGAUCAAAACAUAAUUUCUAGCAAUUUUACAACAAAACUGAAACUUUGAAAUUGGAUUUCGUAACAUCAUUACCCAUAUAAUUCAUAUAAAAAUCUGAAUUUUGUUCUAAUUUGAUGUAUAUUCAAAGUAUAAGGGGGAAACUGAUUAAAAUAAAAAUUUAAAGGGUGAACUGAUUUUACGACUAAAAUUUAAGGAAGUAAACUGAAAUUAAUCCAAAAAAAAAAACUUGGGAAAAUAAUGGACAGCAAAAAGAGGAUACACAUAUAUUGUAAAAGUCACAAAUCUUCACACCAUCUGACAAGAAGGUGGGGUGGGGGAAGAGUUCCAAAUGUGAGUUCUAAACAGAAAAGGAUCCCUAAAAGGAUCUGAGAUGUAUGACUGAUUUUUUCCUACUUCUAAAUUUGUAUAAAUUACAGGACACUGGGAUAUCUUACAUUGCAGAUUACAGGACUUCUAAAAAGGAUUUAGUUUAACUUACCUUUCAGAUUACAGGCUUUCUACUUUCAUGAUAUUAACAUAAUUGCGUGAAACCCACCGUAAACCCAAACACAGAUUUCUAGAAUCUGUAGCUCCAGAGAGGACUUCCCACACCGUAAACCCAAACACACAAACACACUUUAUCUGCCUCUCAGAUUUGAGCUCUUUUGAAUUAAAUUUCAGAGGGAGACGGCCUGAAGUUUUAGUUGAACAAGAGAACUCACAAGCCAAUUUUUUUAGACGAAAGAAACAGACUUUUGAGCUAGCCAUAUUUUCAAUCUAACCAAUAUGAAAGCAAGCCACACAAGCUAACUACAAAUAUAAUCACAUCUCUUGAGCUAGCAAGUACCAAAUAUCCAAAAGAGAAACCACUUCAAAAGUUGCUGAAGGCCACAAAGCUGGCCAACCUUUAAAUGGAUCACAAAGCUCUAUUCAGUUCCAUCCAAAUAAUCCAGAAAGCACCUGAAACAAACCAUGAAUUCUCAACAACUAAAUCAUUUUGUACAACCCAAAACACCUCACCUUCAAAAAAAAUCUUUAAAACAAACCUCCACCUCAGUGGAUGCAAAACUUAACAUUGUAGAGGAAAUGCACCAAUCUGGGGAAAAGCACGUGUUGAACAUAGCAGAAACAGCCACAAUAAACAUAAUAAUCAAACAUCCCAGCGUCAAAGUUAGCAUCGUUAAACAAAAACCAUAAUGGAUGGACUAUUAGCUUAGUUUCUAGAAUGUACAGGGGCUAUCUCAAUGAUCAUUGAUCAAAAUGAUAAACAAAAUCAAAUGAAAAUUACCCAAAAACUCAAGCUUUGGCAGAGAAGUUACCCAUUUCUACAGAAUGAAUAAAAGAGAGAGAAGACGGCCGAACUGAAAUUCCAAGAGCUCCAAAGUCGAAAGAAAAGAUUAAAAGAGACAAGUCAGAAUGAGAGACUGGGCGGAGUCGUAAAUGUAUGAAGAAAUGAAGGCUAAACACAAAAGACCUGCCCCGCGGACAGAUGGCAGAAGCAGAGGGUAGCAGCGUAGAAAAGAGAGAAAAUGGAAAAUAGAGAAAUUUCCUAUCACUUUAAGGAAUGGAAUUCCUAAACGAAUGAGGUUUAGGUUUUGCAAUUGAUGUUUCCCAGUUCAAGCUCUAUCAUUUUCCCAUCACUCUAAUCUGUUCGCAAAUCCCACCAGACCCAAAAAAGCUGCUCAGAAUCCCUCCAAUUUCGAAACCCAGUCAAAAAAAAAUGGCCAACGUUCCGGUAGGUUUCCGGUUCCACCCGACCGACGAGGAGCUCAUCCGCCACUACCUCUACCUGAAGAACAAGGACAACAAGGGGGCAGAUGAGGAGGCCGCGGCGGCGGUGGUGCCGGAGUAUGACCUGUACGGCGAGGCGGAGCCGUGGGCGAUUUGGGAAGCCAACGGCGGCGCCGAUCUGUACGACCAGGACUUGUUCUUCUUUACAAAGCUCAAGAAGGUGAACCCGCACGGGACGCGGAUUAAUCGGAAGAUUGGGACGGGGACCUGGAGCGAAGGCGAGCCGUCGAGGCCGAUUUUGGUGGAGGAGAAGAACAACAAGAAGACCUCAAUCGGUCGGAAGAGGAAAUUCCGGUAUGAGAACAAGAGCUCCGGACAGCACGGGUGCUGGUACAUGGAGGAGUACAGCCUCGAGGGAAUCAGAUCGGCCGAAUACGUCAUUUGCCGGCUGCGGGAGAACAACAGAUCUGGCGGAGGCACCGGUGGGAAUAGGGAUCUGUUGGCCUUAUCGGUGGCGGCGUCUAUGGAAGCUUCCGGGCCCAUUCCGGUUGGGUUUCGGUUUCAUCCUACCGAUCAGGAGCUGAUCUGUUAUUUUCUGUACAAUAAGAACAAGGGGAAAGGCAGCCGGGGGCUGUCGCAGUUCAUGGCGGAGGUGGUCGAGGCGGAGGAGGAGAAAACUAUGGCCUUACCGGCGCCGGAGGAGCCUCCGUUGGCGACGGAGGAGGACAAAGACAACAGCAACGAGAAGAAGAACGACGAAGCGGCGGCGGCGGCGAUAUUAGCGGAGGAGGAUGAGAAGAAGAAGGAGGAGGAAGAGAAGGAGAAAAACAAGGAGGGAGAGGGGCAAGCGGCUUCUUUGCCGUUACUGGAGUACUGGAAGAACAAGGAGGAUGAGCAGAAAGGGGUGGCGGUGCCGUCAAAGGAGGCGGGGACGGAGGAGGUAGUGGCGGUGGGGGAGGAGGAGGAGGAGGUACCUAAGAAAGAGAAUCACUUUUUACAUGAGUUUGAUCUGUUUGGAAGCACAGAGCCUUGGGAGAUAUGGGAAAUGUUCAAGGGAGCUGAGUUGUGUAACCAGGACUUGUUCUUCUUUACACAAUUGAAGAAGGUGAACCCCAAGGGGUCGCGCAUUGGCCGCAAGGUUGGGUCCGGUGGUACUUGGAGCGAAGGAGAUGUCUCCAAGCCCAUCGUUGAUGACAGAACUGGAAAUCCCAUUGGCCGAAAGAGGAAGUUGAGGUAUGAGAAAGUUGGCUCCCCACACCAUGCUUGUUGGUAUUUGGAUGAGUAUAGUCUGCUUGAUGCUGAUAUUGGAGAUUAUGUAAUUUGUCGACUCCGAAAGAAUGACAAGUUAGCAGCAGCAGCAUUCGCAUCCGGUGAAGCAGCCAGCAACAGGAAGAGGAAGUCCGCUCCGUCCGCUGCUCCUACCGCUCCUGCAAAAGAAUCAAAACACCCUCCCCCUACUGCAGAAGAAUCAAUUCCCCCUCCCACAACUGCAGAGGAGUCAAAUCACCCUCCUGUGAUUGCAGAAGAAUCAAACCACCCUCCUGCGACUACAGAAGAAUCGGAUCGCCCUCCCGCGACUGCAGAAGAAUUAUAUCAUCCUACCCCAACUGCAGAAGAAUCAAAUCGCCCUCCCACAACUGCAGAAAAGUCAAAGCAUUCUUCCACCACUGCAGAAAGAUCAAAUCCGGAGGAGGAGGACUCAAACUCGUCAAGGGUAAAGCGGAGAAGAUAUACAGGGUUCACACAAGUAGAGGAAGCUGCAGCAGAUGUGUUGAUGAAUAUGGCUAACAGCACCCUCAACCACAACACAUUGAAACUCUUCGGUAUUGAAAUUGAUUCUACUCCAACUAUAGGAGGAAAAUGAAUCUUGUUAAUCUGCCUGUUUGUGCCUGCAAUAGUGCGGUUUGAUCAGGAAGGAAGAAGUAUCAGUAUUAUUUAUUUUAUGCCCCAACUUCACUAGGAAGGAACGAAGGGUCUUUUGGAGAGUGAUCACUGUUAUUUAUCUAUGCAUCAAACCCAGUUUGAGGCACUAGGCCAUCAGGACUGAGCUUUCAUUAGGAGAAAGGCCACAUGUCUUUGUAAUUUAUGUGUUGAGCAAACUUCUAAGUUAUAUUUCAUUUUGAGGGAAGUGCAUUCCCUUAUUGGAAUUUCUUUGCAUUUCAUGUCCUUUUGCUCA